GACUCAAGGCGAGCAUCUUCAUCGCCAAGCGUUGUUCCCCUGCACUUCGUCUCCUCCACAGAAUUCCUCUCUCUCUCUCUCUCUCUCUCUCUCUCUCUAUAGUGUGUUCGCUCCCUGACCAAUUUAGAUGGACAUUUUGUCCAUUCCGCGAUUCUCUCUCUCCUCCUUCUAUGGCUCUCUUUGUAUCUCCCCAUUCUCUCCCCAUUCGUUUUCUCUCGCGCGACUCUGACCGCUCGCUUCGGAAUCCAUGCCGUUUUCGCUUCUCCGCCUCGUCCUCCGCGGCGGCGGCGGCGGCGACGGCGGAGCGAGACAAGAGAAAUGGUGUGGCGAUUCUCUGGUACAAGCACGAUCUUCGCGUGGACGAUCACCCUGGUAUUGUAGCGGCAGCUCGGUACCAGAGUGUUGUUCCUCUCUACGUCUUCGAUCACCGAUUACUUUCUCGUUUCUCAGAUGAAAUGCUAGAACUUCUACUACAUGCUUUGCGUGACUUGAAAUAUACCUUGAGGGAGCACGGUUCCGAUUUGUUGAUCAGAUAUGGCUGUGCAGAGGAAGUCAUUCAAGAGCUUGAUAAAGAGGUUAAUGCUACCUCUUUGCUCACAGAAGAGGAGGUGGAAUACGACAUGAUGAAGAUAAUAAAUGCCGUGAGGGAUACCUUUGCCAAAGUAACAUCUCAUCUUGAGAGAAUCCGGGAUGUUGAAUUGUGGCGGACUCCUUUUUAUGAUCUUGAGAACCUUGAGGAUUUGCCGCUAUCUCACGAGGACUUAAAAAAGCGUGAAAUUCCCCUAGUUUCUCCCUUCUUGUGUCCGGCAGUUCCGGCUGCUCAAAUGAACUUGGAUUGGGGUGAUCUCCCAACGUAUGACUAUCUGAAGGAAUUUAUCAACAGAAACACGUAUAAGCUAAAAAGGGGCUGGACUUCUCUGAAGGAGACAUCAGCUGAGACCAUACUGCAGAAGGCCAUUUGUAGGUCUGAUACUUCCAUCAAGGGUGGUUUGCAGUCAAACCAUGCCUACACGAAAAGAAUGAAGAACUCUGUUUUUGUUACACAAAGUGGAAAGAUUGUUGGAGGUGGGACGCUUGCCGUAUUAAAUGCAUUGGCUGCGUACCUGAGAUACUUGGAAGGAACAGCUCGAAGUGACUGGCAGGAGGUGCAUAAUAGAAUGCGUGAGGCUGAAAGUCGAGAGGGAGCAUCCUUUUAUGCUCUUUUUGGUCCUGCACUUAUUCUUGGCAUUUUGUCAAGGAGAAGAGUCUAUUAUGAAGCUAUCAAGUUUGAGAAAGAAAGGAAUGCGGGAUUUUUAUCUCCUUUUGGAUAUUCAGCGCCCACUGUUGCUGCAGCAGUUGACAGUGUGUGUUCAAUGGAGUGGUAUUGGGUAAUGGCAUCGAGAAGUCAAAAGAUGAACGAAGGGAUGCAUUCUGUUAGGAUAUGGAGAUGGAAGGGGCACUUGAUUCAGUACACUGUUGUUGGUGACCAAGGACCUGCGAUACUUUUGGUGCAUGGUUUUGGUGCCUUAAUGGAGCACUUCCGCGACAACUUAGGUGGUAUAUCUGAUGGCGGCAACCGUGUAUGGGCCAUCACUCUCUUGGGAUUUGGUAGAUCAGAAAAGCCUAAUAUUGUUUAUACAGAACUAAUGUGGGCUGAAUUGCUGAGAGAUUUUGUCAUUGAAGUUGUUGGUGAACCAACGCAUCUGGUGGGAAACUCAAUUGGCGGCUAUGUUGCUGCAAUAUUUGCCAGCCUAUGGCCUACUUUAGUGAAGUCUGUGGUUCUCAUGAACAGUGCAGGCGAUGUAGUUCCAGGAUAUUCUUCUAUUCCAUUGCCUAAAGAAAGACAGACUUCAGGAGCUACAUGGUUGGGUGCUCGUCUCCUUUUGUUUUACCUGAGAUCAAGUAUAGGACAGAUUGUGAGGAAUUGCUACCCCGUGAAAACAGAGCGGGCUGACGAUUGGCUUAUCGAUGAGAUGCUUAGAUCAUCGUAUGAUCCUGGGGUGCUAGUUGUGCUGGAAAGCAUCUUCAGUUUUAACCUUUCCAUUCCUCUAAACUUUCUCUUGAAAGGAUUUAAUGGAAAGGUUUUAGUUGUCCAGGGGAUGAAAGAUCCGAUCUCCAACUCCAAGUCUAAGCUGGCUAUGCUUAACAAACAUUGCGCGGGAAUCUCGACCAGGGAAAUCGAUGCUGGUCAUUGUCCCCAUGAUGAGGUUCCAGAACUAGUGAAUUCCAUUCUUUGUGAAUGGAUAGUACAGGUUGAAGAUAAACUCCAUCACAUCGAAAGAUGUCGGGAGUGAGUUAUCUUGCAUAUGAAUAUUAAUAUGUCUACAAGUCAAUUAUUCCUGGUAAUUGUUAAAUGGGGUAUGUUAGGUCCGUCCUUUGGUGGGGGUACCCCAAACUUGUAAGCUUGGUGUUAGAUAAGACCUGACGUUGGGCAUUAGAAUGGCUCGAGCCCAUUUGCAAAAGGUGUAGAAUUCAGUAUGAAGUGUAACAGGGUUUAGGCGUGAACUGAUCGGCAUGGCUCAGGCUUGCACAAGACGAUCAUCGGUUUAUUAUCAAUAGGAGAAGAGUCGUGCAGGGCCCGGGAGAA